GAUGGCUACUUCUACCUUGAAAUACACUUUCUUCGUUAACUCUUUUUUAAAUUAAAAUGUAGCAGUAUUAUCUAGCACCUGAGUGGGAAAAUCUGGCGAAGCGAGUGGAAUUUACUAACCUUGUCUCAAAAUGUCUGCCAGGGAAAUUUAUUCAAAGGGGGCUCGGAUAUGGAUUCCUGACCAGGAUCAGGUUUGGCGAGCUGCCAAACUGCUGGAGGAUUACACUGGACAGAAAGAGAUCAACAUUCAAUAUGAGGAUGGGGAGGAUGCUGUUAUUCAGAUUGACAAAAAGAACCUUCCACAUUUACGAAACCCUGACAUACUAAUAGGAGAAAAUGAUCUAACGUCACUCAGUUACCUGAAUGAACCAGAAGUUUUGUACAACUUGAAAGUGCGGUUUGUAGAGCAGAACAUUAUUUAUACCUACUGUGGUAUCGUCCUGGUGGCAGUGAAUCCGUAUGAACAGCUACCGAUCUACAGUAAUGACAUCAUCCAGGCAUACAGUGGGCAGGACAUGGGCGCCAUGGACCCACACAUCUUUGCCGUCGCUGAAGAGGCCUUCAAGAAAAUGUCCAGAUUUGACCAGAACCAGUCUAUCAUUGUGUCUGGGGAAUCUGGCGCUGGCAAGACGGUAUCGGCAAAGUAUGCCAUGCGGUAUUUCGCAGCGGUGGGCGGGUCCCAGGCCGAUACCGAGACUCAAGUCGAGAAAAAAGUCUUAGCAUCCAAUCCCAUUAUGGAGGCGAUCGGCAAUGCAAAAACCACCAGAAACGACAACAGCAGUCGGUUUGGCAAAUACAUAGAAAUUAGCUUCAACAAGAAACACGAGAUAAUCGGAGCAAACAUGAGAACCUACCUGCUCGAAAAAUCAAGAGUUGUUUUCCAAGCAUCUAAUGAGCGGAACUAUCACAUAUUCUACCAGCUGUGCUGUUCAAAGGACUUGCCUGAAUUCAAAGAUUUCAAACUCAGUUCCACGGAAGACUUCUUCUACAUCAGUCAGGGCGCGGCGCCCAUCAUAGAUGGUGUUGAUGAUGGUGCUGACUUGGAGACAACACGAGAGGCGUUGUCGUUGCUAGGAAUUCAGGCGAAAGAUCAAAUGAUGAUAUUCAGAAUUUUUGCAGCCAUAUUACAUUUCGGUAAUAUUAAGAUUCGGGAGACAGAUGGAGAAGCUUGUGAAGUGCCACCUCAGGAGCCUCACCUGACCAUCAUGUGUUCUUUGCUGGGCAUCGAGGAGUCACAGAUGAGAAUGUGGCUGUGCAAUAGGAAAAUACAGACCGUGAACGAGUCACUGAUGAAACCACUCACAGAAAGUCAGGCCUGGUCUGAUUCGUUUUUACGAAGACUUGGUUUUGUGAAACGAAAGGGUACAAAAGCGGCACGAAAGUUACCAGCUGACUUCGACAGACAGAAAGAAAAGUUCAUCGCGAUGGUAGGGAAAACAGUGCAGACAAACAACAUUUCCGCCGAGUUGGUAAUAAAUUUUGAUCAAACAGGUGUCAAACUUGUACCCGUUUCCAACUGGACAUUGGCAGAAAAGGGAGCGAAACAAGUUACCGUUGUGGGUAUAGAUGACAAGCACGAGAUCACGAUGUUACUGGGAAGUUCGGCCAGUGGCAACCUGUUACCCCCUCAGAUAAUAUACAAAGGUGUAACCGAUCAAUGCCACCCAAUCUACAAGUUCCCCGACGACUGGCACGUGACACAUUCCGCCAAUCACUGGAGCAACGAGCAGCCGAUGCUGGACUACGUUGACAAUGUGCUGGUUCCAUACGCCAAAAGGGUGAAGAAAGAACUCCGACUACCAGCACGACAGAAAUCAUUGGCAAUCUUCGAUGUAUUUGCAGCCCAUAGUUGUCAAUCAUUUUUAGACCUGCUACAAAAACGGUUCUUUGAAGUGCGAUUUGUCCCGGCUGGCUGCACCGGUGAGCUGCAGCCCAUGGAUUUAUCGGUGAAUGCAGAGUUUAAAUUAGCAAUCAAGGAAAAAUUUACCAAGUGGUAUGCUGACAUUGUGGCCAAGAACAUAAAAGAAAACACCAACAAGCCUGUUGACUUAAGAAUCAGUUUGAUCAAACCGUUUCACGCCCGGUGGAUUGUGGCAUGCAUUGUCAAGUUAUCGAAAGACAAACAAACCGUUACGCGUGGUUGGCGAUCAUCAGGUCUGCUUGCAGUGGUAUUUGAAACAUUUGAAGUGAACAGUUUUGAGCAGUUUUGUAUCAACUAUGCCAAUGAGAAACUUCAACAAAUAUUUAACAUGCACGUUUUCAAACUGGAACAAGAGGAAUAUGUGAAAGAACAGAUUGAAUGGUCGUUUAUAGAUUUCUAUGACAACCAGCCGUGUAUAGACUUAAUAGAAAAUAGACUUGGAAUUCUCGACCUCCUAGAUGAAGAAUGUAAGAUGCCGAAAGGUUCUGACGGCAACUGGUGUCAGAAGCUGUACGACAAACACCUGAAGACGUCAAAACACUUUGACAAACCACGCAUGUCGAACAAGGCGUUCAUUAUCAACCACUUUGCAGACCGCGUCACAUACAUGGCCGACGGUUUCCUGGAGAAGAACCGAGACACAGUCCUCGAAGAGCAGAUCAACAUUCUCAAAGCUAGUCAGUUUGAGUUUGUCGGAGAUCUGUUUGCAGAGUUGAAGCCAAAAAUGGCCCGAGCGGGCUCUGUUUCAGUCCAACCUGUGAAGGCGCAGCCAAAGCAGGGCAGUAAACAGCACAAGAAAACAGUUGGUUCACAGUUCCGUGAUUCCCUGAUGAAACUGAUGCAGACGUUGAAUGCGACUGCACCUCACUACAUCAGAUGUAUCAAGCCAAACGACGACAAAGAGGCUUUCAAUUUUGAUCCUAAGCGAGCUGUGGAACAACUGCGAGCCUGUGGUGUUUUGGAGACGAUUCGAAUCAGUGCAGCCGGCUAUCCCUCCAGAUGGACCUAUUCCGAGUUUUUCCGCCGGUACAGAGUUCUUGCUAAAUCUAAGGACAUCAACAAGUCGAACAUGCUGAAAACGUGUGAAAACAUCCUACCCAAGCUCAUUGUGGACCCAGACAAAUACCGGUUUGGUAAAACGAAGAUAUUUUUCCGUGCUGGCCAGGUUGCGUACCUAGAGAAGCUGCGCAGCGAGAAGCUGAGAGCGUGUGGCGUCAUGAUCCAGAAACACAUCCGCGGCUGGCUGUGUCGACGCAAGUACCGCAAGAUCCGCACGUCCGUCCUGCUCGUACAGAGAUUCGGACGCGGUCUGCUCGCUAGAAGACAAGCCUUGUUCCUGCGACAGUCUAAGGCGGCCACGAGAAUACAGUCACAGUGGCGAGGUUACAAGGAACGACAGAGUUACCGCAAAUUGCGAUUCUCCAUCACUCUACUCCAGGCACACAUACGAGGGAUGUUUGCUCGCAGCAAGUAUGUGGGCUUGAUGCGACAGCGCAGUGCGGUAAUGAUCCAGAAACAGGUUCGUGCGUACCUGGCGCGUAAGACAUUCAAGCGGGUGUUGCGGGGAAUCAUUCUCCUGCAGAGUCACGUCAGACGAAGGAAGGCAAGGAGAGAACUGAAGAUCCUGAAGGUGGAGGCUAAGUCGGUAGAACACAUUAAAAAUGUCAACAAGGGUUUGGAGAACAAGAUCAUCGAAUUGCAACAGAAGUUGGACGUAAAGGCGAAGACUGUGGUAUUUAUGAAAGAACAGGAACACAAUGUCAGCGAACUGAAAACCGAAAUUCAACGUCUCAAAACGACCGGUACCGAGAAGAAAGUCUCGUCCAAUCGGAUUCAAGAACUCGAAGAGGAGAUUCGCAGGCUGAAGGAAGAACUCCAGAGAGAGGCUGAAGAGAAAAAAGACAUUCUUACGGAGAAAGUACAGCUAGAGAAAGAAAACGAAGAGCUUGUUCUCGUGUUCCAAGAGGAGAAACGAAGACUACAGACAGAACUGGAUGAAUCUUUACGCAGAGUGAAAGAGAACAAGAAGAAAAUGCCAAAGGUUAUUAAUAAUGUGCAUAGUGUAAUAGUGACAUUGGGUAACACUAUUCUGUUGUUUGACUACCCAGCAAUCCUCAAGGAGAAACUGGAGGCUGCUAACAAGGUGAUACUGAAGGAGUUUGACUUGGAGCGCAGUCACCACCAGAAGCUGGUCAAGGAGCACGCACGACUUCAACAGAGACUCGAGAACCUCCAGGGUGAAAUGCAGGUAUUGACGAGUCCAAAUGGUCACAAGAGGGCGCCGUCAGACAUCAGUGAAAUCAGUAUUGAGUCUUACAGCAGCUCUGUGACAGACGCGGAAAGAGCCUUAGAAGAGAAGAGAGAAGAGGAGGAGGACCAGGGAUACGAAACCGCCAAGAGAAGAGCGGCCCAGUCAGCCAAUCUGCUCGAACGAGCCAUGGAGGAAGUCACAACACCAAAGGAUGAGAAUCUUGACGUGGGUCUGCUACUCAAGCUGCAGAGUAAGGUGAAGGAACUGGAGAAGGACAAACAGAAACUCCGCCGACAGAUAGAACGACUGGAGGACGCCAGUCCUAGCGGGUCGCCCACGGCAAUGAUUACUGACUCUGCAUUUAAUGCACUGAAGGAGCAAAUGUCAAAUGCUGAUGACGUAGCACUUGUGAUUAAACUUCAAAAACGUGUCAAACAUUUAGAAAUAGAAAAAAAUAAACUCUCCGAUCAGUUGGAGGAAAGAGAUGAACAAGAGGAAAUUCCCUACCAAAUGGGCACUGAUUUUGCUUAUGGCAGUCUUAAGAUGCAGGAAAUGCAGAAUGAGAAUGACAAACUGAAGCGCGAGGUCCAGGCUCUGACUCGGUCGAUCGCGGAGAGCACGACCUUCGAAAACAGCGGCAAGAUGUCGCCGGCAGGAAAGAAGUUCCUUGACGAACUUGAAGCGAUGCGAGAUGAGCUGGACCGUAGAAGAGAGGAAUGUCUUCACCUGCGGGCCACUCUGGCCGACCGCAGCAUCAACGCACACUCCAUUGCCAAAGAGUCGUACGGCGGCCAUGAUGAAAUUGUCAACGAAGACGACGAACUCGUGAUGGCUUUCAAAACUCAGAAAGACCUUAACAGACUGUUGCAGUCCCAGCUGGACCAGACGGAGAAGGAGACGCGGAGGAAGGAGGAGGAAUACAUCCAGGAGAUUACCGAGCUCAAGAGAGAGAACCAGCGGCAGCAGAAACUCAUCGGACAGAACCUGACGCUCAGCCCGCAGGCUAAAAUUGAGGCAACUAUGCAACAUGAGAUAACUCGGAUGACUGCAGAAAAUUUGGACCUGCGAGAGACGAUAGACAAACAGAUGGACCAGAUACGCAAGCUGAAAAAGAUGUUACGUGUGUACUCGAAGAAACUCAAAGACGGAGAAGCUGCUGAGAUCCAGGCAGAGAUUGAGCAAGAGGAACAGCGUAACGAGAACGACCAGCUGGCGACCGUCAAACACCGUGAGCGAAACUACAUGGGCAUGCUGGAAUACAGGAAAGAGGACGAGGGGGCGCUCAUCAAGAACCUUGUCAUAGACUUGAAGCCGCGACUGGCCUAUGAGUUGAUCCCCGGUCUCCCGGCGUACAUCCUGUUCAUGUGUGUGAGACACACUGACUACACAAACGACGACGAGAAAGUCCGCUCGCUUCUCACGGCCACCAUCAACAGCAUUAAGAAGGUUGUCAAGAAACACAAUAAUGAUAUUGAACGUGUCACGUUAUGGCUCGCCAACACCUGUCGAUUGUUACACACACUGAAACAGUACAGUGGAGAAAAGGCGUUUCAAGCAGAAAACACACCGAAGCAGAACGAACAAACCCUGCGCAACUUUGACCUGUCUGAGUACCGGCAGGUGUUCAGUGAUCUAGCCGUGUGGAUUUACCAGUCGCUCAUAAAGAGCAUGGAGGAAUGCACACAGCCAAAUAUUGUGCCAGCUGUUUUGGAACAUGAAGCUAUCGCGGGUCUGACCGCUAGCAAGCCGUCCGGUCUCCGUGGAAGGACGUCGAGCUCCGUACACGAACAGGAUGCCAAGGAAUACUCGCUCGACACACUCAUGAAGGCUCUGAAUAACUACAUGAGGAUACUAACACUGAAUGCUGUGGACCCAGAGCUUGUGAAGCAGAUCUUUAGACAGGUUUACUAUUUCAUCUGUGCUGGUUCCCUGAACAAUCUACUGUUGAGGAAGGACAUGUGUAACUGGUCCAAAGGGAUGCAGAUCAGGUACAACUUGAGUCACCUGGAGCAGUGGCUUCGAGAUAACAAACUGCACGAGUCCGGCGCCGUGGCGACUCUCGAACCAAUCGUCCAGGCGUCACAGCUACUGCAGGCGCGCAAGACCGACGCCGAUGUCGACGGCAUCUGUGAAAUGUGUUCAAAACUUAGUGUGGCCCAGAUUGUGAAAAUCUUAAACCUGUACACACCUGUUGAUGAGUUUGAAGAACGUGUUCCGAUAUCGUUUAUUCGUAAAAUCCAGGAAAAGUUGCGUUCCCGCGGCGACGAAAACAACACUCUCCUCAUGGAGACCAGUUUCACCUACCCUGUGACCUUCCCCUUCAAUCCUUCCAGUAUCGCGCUGGAGUCGAUCACCGUUCCAGAACAUUUGCACCUGGGAUUCCUCAAGAAAAUAUAACCAGAUUUGUGUUCAUGUGCAGAAUAGUGUAUUUAUUUAGAUAUAUAUAGACUUGCUGGUCCCACCUUACAAAGUCUCUGUUUGUACCCCCACCUCAAUGCUGAAAUACAUGUGUAUGGAUACUAUGGUGCAACAUUGUCAAAAUGUGAUAACAUAUUCAGAUGGUAGAUGUGCUUUUAUGAAGACAAAUGUCAUGUGUUGUUAUGAAGACAAUGUCAUAUGUUGUUAUAAUGACAUGACAAUCUGUUGUUAUGGUGACAAUGUAAUAUGUUCUUAUGAAGACAGUGUAAUAUGAUGUUAUGGUGACAAUGUAAUAUGUUGUUAUGGUGACAAUGUAAGAUGUUAUGGUGACAAUGUAAUAUGUUGUUAUGAAGACAGUGUAAUAUGAUGUUAUGGUGACAAUGUAAUAUAUUGUUAUGGUGACAAUGUAAGAUGUUAUGGUGACAAUGUAAUAUGUUGUUAUGAAGACAGUGUAAUAUGAUGUUAUGGUGACAAUGUAAUAUGUUGUUAUGGUGACAAUGUAAUAUGUUGUUAUGGUGACAAUGUAAGAUGUUAUGGUGACAAUGUAAUAUGUUGUUAUGAAGACAGUGUAAUAUGAUGUUAUGGUGACAAUGUAAUAUAUUGUUAUGGUGACAAUGUAAGAUGUUAUGGUGACAAUGUAAUAUGUUGUUAUGAAGACAGUGUAAUAUGAUGUUAUGGUGACAAUGUAAUAUGUUGUUAUGGUGACAAUGUAAUAUGUUGUUAUGGUGACAAUGUAAUAUGUUGUUAUGGUGACAAUGUAAUAUGUUGUUAUGGUGACAAUGUAAUAUGUUGUUAUGGUGACAAUGUAAGAUGUUAUGGUGACAAUGUAAUAUGUUGUUAUGAAGACAGUGUAAUAUGAUGUUAUGGUGACAAUGUAAUAUGUUGUUAUGGUGACAAUGUAAUAUGUUGUUAUGGUGACAAUGUAAGAUGUUAUGGUGACAAUGUAAUAUGUUCUUAUGAAGACAGUGUAAUAUGAUGUUAUGGUGACAAUGUAAUAUGUUGUUAUGGUGACAAUGUAAGAUGUUAUGGUGACAAUGUAAGAUGUUAUGGUGACAAUGUAAUAUGUUGUUAUGGUGACAAUGUAAGAUGUUAUGGUGACAAUGUAAUAUGUUGUUAUGAAGACAGUGUAAUAUGAUGUUAUGGUGACAAUGUAAUAUAUUGUUAUGGUGACAAUGUAAGAUGUUAUGGUGACAAUGUAAUAUGUUGUUAUGAAGACAGUGUAAUAUGAUGUUAUGGUGACAAUGUAAUAUGUUGUUAUGGUGACAAUGUAAUAUGUUGUUAUGGUGACAAUGUAAGAUGUUAUGGUGACAAUGUAAUAUGUUGUUAUGAAGACAGUGUAAUAUGAUGUUAUGGUGACAAUGUAAUAUGUUGUUAUGGUGACAAUGUAAUAUGUUGUUAUGGUGACAGUGUAAGAUGUUAUAGUGACAUUGUACUAUGUUGUUAUGGUAACAAUGUAAUAUAUUGUUAUAAAGACAAUGUACUAUGUUGUUCAUGGUGACUGUAAUACCUGUAUGUUGUUAUGGUGACAAUGUAAUAUAUUGUUAUAAAGACAAUGUACUAUGUUGUUUAUGGUGACAGUGUAAUACCUGUAUGUUGUUAUGGUGACAAUGUAAUGAAUUUGACAUUGUAAUAUGUUAAAAAGACAGUGUGAUAUUGUGUUAUAAAGACAUUAUACAACUUUGUUAUGGAAAUAAAACGAAUAUAUCCGAUAUAAUCAUGUUUUAACAGAAAACACGUCUUGAAAAAUUGCUGGUUAAAAGGUUUUCAGUUGACAUUUUUUCCUCGAGUGGUGAUGCAAUCUAAUUAAAUUUCUUUCUGAACUGUGUGAUAUAUUAUCAUGAAGGCAACUGAAGCCAAAACCACACUUGUUUGUAUAUGCUAUGUGAAUAUACAUGAAUCUUAUUCCUAAACAAAA